GUGUCAUGGCGGCGGUGACGGAGUGACAGCCGGCGGCUCAAUGGCUCGGAUCUUGGGCAAGGCCUGGCUCAGCGUGGUGUGUGUAGGCCGCGGGCCCUGCACCGCCCGCCGAGCAGCAUUUGCUUUUCUGCAAACUGACUGGCUUCCCAGAGUCACCCGCUCACUUGCUAGUCACCAGGGCCGUACUUCAGCUUUACGAAGUAUCUAUGGUGUUCCGAAACAAGAAACUGAGGAUGUCGUUGGAGAAUACCCACCUGCUGUCGCUGUGAGUAAAGCUGAGCAGGAUGACCUCCUGCUCCUUCAGCCAGACCAGCCUGGCAACCCCCGUGUGCUCCGGGUCGCCAUCAUCGGGGCUCCGAAUGCUGGGAAAUCCACCUUGUCCAACCAGCUGCUUCGCAGAAAGGUCUUUCCAGUUUCGAGCAAAGUUCACACAACACGCUGUCGGGCUCAAGGAGUCAUCACUGAUGGAGAGACACAAAUUAUUCUUCUGGAUACUCCUGGUAUCGUUCCUGCCAUCAAAGGAAAAAGGCACAACCUGGAGACAUCCUUACUGGUUGACCCUUGGCACUCAGUGAAAGAAGCAGACUUGGUGCUGGUUUUAGUCGACAUCGCAGACCACUGGACACGCAGCAAGCUCCACACUGAAUUGUUGAAAUGCCUCACAACGUAUUCCCAUGUCCCAGCAGUUCUGGUCUUGAACAAGGUGGACGGAUUAAAGGAUAAAGGCCUCCUCCUGGAAUUGACCGCCAAGCUGACUGAAGGAUUCGUGAACAAUAAGAAACUGAAAGUAAAAUCCAAGUUCAAUUCUUCGCUGAAGCAGAAUGCACAGACUGGAAAUUUGUCUGGAAAAGGUAGAACUGGGAGGAAAGAGUGUGGGACAGCAGUUGAAUCUGGAGCCAUGGACAACACGUCUGUUACGCAUAAGAGAGCCCCCACUGGCUAUAGGCAGAGAAACCUGGAGGUACCCCAUACAGACCAAUCUCUUGAUCACCUCUGUGAUGGUGAGAGCAGCUCACAGCAAUCAGCAGAUCCAGAGCCCAGCGAGCAGGAGAAGCCAUUAGCUGAGCGGUGCAGGGAUUUGAAGAACCAGCAGGGCUGGCCUCACUUCACUGAAGUGUUUAUGCUUUCAGCUAUCAACGGGGAGGAAGUGGAAACUCUGCAGCGGUACCUGAUAUCACAAGCCAAGCCCGGAUCCUGGGAUUAUCACAGUGCUGUCCUCACUGACCAGUCACCCCAGGAGAUCUGCCGGAAUCUGAUCCGAGAGCGACUCUUGGAAUACCUGCCUCAAGAGGUGCCAUACAACAUCACUCAGAGCACUGAACUGUGGGAAGAAGGGCCGAGCGGGGAGCUCCGAAUUCUCCAGAACAUCACCGUCGCCAAGAAGAACCAUGCGAAGUUGUUAAUUGGCCAGGGAGGUCAGCUGAUCGGUAAAAUUGCCCAAGACGUGGGCCAGGAUUUAAUGAACGUCUUUCUCUGUGAUGUGCAGUUGAAGUUGUGUGUGAAGGCGAAGAAGUGACUCUGCUAUUCCUUGCUGUCUUUCUGAAGUGACUCCUUGUUGGCCCUGAAUCAUCAGACACACUAUGUGAACCCUACUCUGUGUAUACGCUUUCCCCUGGGACUGCGAUCUGCUUCUAGUCAACCUCUCACCGUUUGUGAGCCCCACGGCCCGAUGUGGAAAGCCCCUGCAGUUUGCUGUGAGCAUGGACCAAGGGUCUUAUUCUGAGGAGCCCUGUUUUAAUAAUGUUUUGUUAGCAAGCAGUAAUUUAUUGCUGGGUAACUUUCCUGAAGCAAGCUGUGGGAUGAGGUUGAAAGUAGCAUGAUGCUGAUGGAUCGCAUAGAGGCUGCUGCUGUUAGGCGUUUUCCUGUGAUCGUGUCAGACACAGGGUCCUGAGGAAGGUGUAACACAGUUGGUACGCUGAGCUCAAACCAAUAUCCUCUUAUCAUUCACUCUCAGCGUGUGAUUGGCAUUUACUGUGUGUCUGUAGAAAUCUGAGAUGGGAUUUCAGUUAAAACUGAGGAGUUUUGCUGGGAUGCUUCAGCAGGGUUCAGUUAGCUCAGUUAGCUGGAUUGCAGUGCAGAGUGAGCGGGGGUUCACUUCCUGCACUGGCUGAGGUUAACAUGAAGGGCACACCAUCUCGACCUCACCCCUUGACCCUCCAAUUAAACCACUACCAGUCGCCUUGAGUGUGCUCUCUCUCCCCUCCCACCCCCCUCACGCUGUAAAGAGAGAGUAGCCCCCUAUGGUCUGGUAGGACAUUGGUGCCUUUGAGACAGCACUUCAGUGGAGUACAUAGGGGUUUGGGGUUGGAGUGAAGUGUGGGUCCCACCUGGGUGAACACUCACCCUGAAAGGCCAUCAUUAAACUGGCUGGCAACCUGACCAACUCACUGGUGUUAUGUAAAAAAAAAACUAGAACUGACUGACUUCUAGAAUUUCAAACUGUAUUCAAAUUCUCGAAUGAGAUUUAAAUCUCUGUGCUCUGAUGCAGCAACACAGGCCUGUCCUAAAGUCUAAUUUCAUUUACCUCCACCCAGUCUCUGUGAUAUUUACAAACUCUGAGACUUGGCAACAGAAUUGAUUGUUCAGUAAUGAGGUAAAAGGAGUGACCAGGUUGAGGCUUCACACGUAGACUGCUCCUGGACUCUGAUUAUUUUAACAAUUAUUGCAGUUGGUAUUUAAUGGAUUGUUUAAAAUCUUGUUGAUCUGUGUCUAGGUGAGGAAUUUGUCACUGUCUGAGCUGUCAGGUUGGGGAGUUUAGUUUGUAUUUGAUGGUAAAAUGUCAGAACUCAAUUAAAAGAUUUUGAGCAAAA